AUGCCAAGGGCCAGGAGUAAGUCGCUGGUGGCAGAAAGGGGGACUGUGAACAGCUGGCAGUGUCUUCCGCCUGAGCGUAGCGACAAGCCAUUCUGGUUGGCGCUCAACGAAUACAUAGCACCGUCGAGAGAGCCGGAAUUUCCACUGGCACGUGAGGAGUUCUAUGACUCGACGCUCUCGGGGCUCACCGCGCCGGGGCAGACCACGCUGUUGAGUGAUGACGUCAUGAAGGCGGCGAAUGAGAUGCGUGAGUACUACGACAGCAUUUCGUUGUGGAAUCCACUUUCUUUGGCGCACCAUCUCGGGAUGAAACUUGCUAUGGUUAUUGAGCAGUUGCUGCUGGCGAAGGAGUACGGAUUGGUUUCUAUGUUUUUUGUUGUUCCAUGUCGAUCAUGCGGGUGUGACAUGUUACGUGUGGACGCCGUUCGUGAGAUCUGCUUCCGCGCCACGUAUCACCAGACAAACAGUAUCCGCUGCCCAAUAUGUACGGACCACACGGAGGUAACGGAUUUGACAAAUGUAGGGGUUUUCUUUCAAGAACGUUUCCCACCCGAACUCCUGCGUCGAAAGUACCAUCGGCUCUUUUACAGUGACGAGGCGAACCGGCGAAGACUCGAGACAUACUUUUGUCCACCGGGUGCUGUCUUUGCUUUUCGGAUGUGCCUUCCGGAGGGUGGGUACCUGAUUAUAGCACCAGGAGUGGGCCUUAUUGUGGAGCUUCAGGUUGAAGCUGCUGCCGACUUUAUUGGUGGAAAUUCACCCUAUCACGUAAUCAACCUUACAAUUGAUAAGUUACUGGCUGACGAAGGUGUGAAUGUGGAACGAAGUGAAAGGGGGCGUCCUCUAAUACGUGCCAAGCAUGGUAAACUUCUCUGCCGCGUGUUUAAUGGCACACCAUAUGGGGGAUAUUUGGACAUCUUUGUUACAUUCGAUGAGCGUCUUGAGCUAUUGGCCCCACAGACUCCCCUUGUAACGAGUGUCCCCAUGGUGCUGCAUAAUUCCUCACGGGGCCUACGAUCCCCGCUCUUUGAUUUCUUUAUUCCAAGGCCCCCUGGCAGCCGCACCUCUGGUAUCUAUGUCCUGCAUUCCUUCGCUCUCUCUGGUGAGGAGUUUGACGAACCCAUCACUGCAGGUACGGAGUCAGCCCUAGCUGUAAUUCAUGAGGUGCAUCGCUACUCCUUGGAAGAUCAUCAUGGCCUAUUGCUCUCUGUGGGGCGGGGCGGUAGUGUGUUUGAGUCCUCAUUUCUUUCCGUGACGGCGGCGCUUGCCUCUUCGCUCUGUCUUGCGCAACGCGUUGUGACACGUCUUGGUGCCAAUGUGGCUGCCGCCCUCACGUGUAUUAUAGCGCAAGGCACAAUGUACAUGGCGUCCUUUCAGGGGCAGUACGAUGACGACAAAAAUGUGCGCUCCUCAUAUCCCGACGUGGAUGUCGUUGGGCCCGCGGUGUAUGCGGCGAUGCACCCGCCUGUUGCUCCGAGGGAAAACACCGGUGGUGCGGAUCCCGUCCAGCCUGCGGGCGGCUGUCUACGGAUUGAGCUCCGGUCCGCCUCGGAACAGCAAACGGCUGUGUGUCUUGACCCUGCCACUGCAGACGCGAUGUUUCCCUUUCUUCUCUCCUACCUUGGAGAUCAGCUGGACUCCUUCUGGGUUCUCACUGAACCUCAGGCCCUGGUGGUGGUGGUGCCGUUCUCAACGCUGGGUGCAACACUGAUGCUGCCCUCCUUGUUAGAUCCUGACAUGUACACAAAAGAAUUAUCCGGACCCUUUGGCUAA